GUCAUAGCAGUCGACGCUAUGACCUGUUUGGCGACGAGGAUACGCGCCGGAGAGCUAUUUGCUCGGAAAGAACCGACACAUAUAAAAACAGAAGUAAUUCUUGCGGACGACUUUGUAAUCCGGAUUGAAACUGUGUUUUUAGGAUCGUCUGUAAAAAGUUUGGAGGACAGAGGAUUGGUGAAACACUUUAUGGUCAAGUGAAAUUUAAAUAUUUUGCCCUGUCAAUUUCCGGCUAAGUCAGGCCCAAGUAGUGUUAGCUGUGGAGCUCUCCUUUUGUUUGCACUGAAAAGCAAGGAAUGAGUGAUGACCUCUGUGGUGGUGUCCGAUGGAGGAGGGAAUGUAGUGGAGUAUGUCACUAUGGUGGAGGAGCCGCAACAAGUCAGACCCAGGAGGUGGCAACAUAUACAAGAUUUAUAGAACAGGAGUUAGAAGCGCCUACCCAACGGGAGGAGCUGGAAGAGCUGGUGGCCUUAGAUGUGGAGGGUCUGAAAGGAUCCUGCCCUCUGUGGACCAAGUUCGAGUGGCGUUGUGAGCAGCAGCCCACUGAGGAGGACGAUGAUGAAGUAAUUCAGCAGGAUGUAGGUGCGGUGAUUAUGGGAGGAGGUGAGGAGGGGGAGGAGGAUGAAGGAAUACAGCAUGAGGUAGAGGCAGUAAUUGUGGAAGGAAGUGAAGAGGUCGAGGAGAUGGGAGGUGUGGUAAUGCAGGAAGAUGGCUGUCCUGCUGUGAUCGUGGAGGAGGUAACCAGUGCCCAAGUGGAGGAGUGUUACUCUGCACAGGUUCUGGUCUAUGAUGACGGCACUUACCUGAUGCAGGAUGUGGCUGAGGAGCAGGAGGUUGUCACAGAAAUAGCCGAGACUGGAGCAAAAAAUAUCCAGGAGCAUAUCCAAACCAGGAAACACAAAGUGGAAAUGUCGAGUCACGACAUGGCGUGUUUUGAUAAAACUUUUGAAGCAGCUGAAGCUCUUCUGCAUAUGGAGUCUCCUGGAGGGUUGCAUGACCGCCACACGGAAGAUGUGAUGAUGGAGACAGUAGUGGAGGUUUCGACAGAGUGUGGACCCAUUGAGGAGGAGGAAUCUUUCCCCAUCCCACCUGAUUGUGAAACUGUUACCAAAAAGAAGAAAGCAGGUGGACGUAAGAAGAUGCACCAACCAACAUCUAAUGGCUCCUUUGACCUGGGGAUUAAGAAGAAACAAAGGGAAGGAAAAGGCAAUACCACCUACCUGUGGGAAUUUUUGCUGGAGUUGUUGCAGGACAAAAACACAUGUCCUAGAUACAUUAAAUGGAUGCAGAGAGAAAAAGGAAUCUUCAAAUUGGUCGACUCCAAGGCUGUGUCCAAACUUUGGGGAAAACACAAGAAUAAGCCCGAUAUGAACUACGAAACAAUGGGCCGAGCCUUAAGAUAUUAUUACCAGCGUGGCAUACUUGCAAAGGUGGAAGGUCAGAGGUUGGCUUACCAAUUCAAAGACAUGCCAAAGAACAUUCGGGUAAUUGAGGAUAAUGAUGAAGGGGAAGAGAUCGAAGGCAUGUGGUCCAGUCAGCAGGGUCCUGAAAUCCUGGGCACCACCACCUCUGCUGCCUACCACACUCAGCAAACCUAUGUCACAAUCAUCCCCAACACCACCACCACCAGGCCCAUUCGUGCAAUGCCUUUGGUAAUGACUAACUCACUUGGUCAAGUGACAUUAAACUCUUCCUCAGUCCUAACCAACACGGCAGGAGCCCCAGUUACAGUAGGUAGUGCUAGUACACCUCCGAAAUUGGUCAUCCAAACGCUGCCCAGCAUGCUGCAAUCUGGUUCAAAAACAGGUGAGAAAAUAACAAUCAUCACUAUCCCAGCCAACCAGCUUGCCACACUCAUGCAGGCAAAUCCUUCAGCCCAGGUGACCCAGCUCAUACAGGCAAAACCUGUCACUACACAUGUAGCUCAAGCUGUCACAAAGUCAGCGACAACCCCUACUGUCCCUCUAGCCUCAGGCACACCAGUGCCCCAGCUUAUCCUUGCCAAACCACAGCUCUCUUUCCAACAUGUCCAAAAUCCCACCCUACUAAAGAAGCCCUGCAGCAGUCAGCCAGAGGAAGAAGAAUCAGAGGUCCCAAACCUCUCCAGUCAACCAGCAGCGCCAGAAGAAAGCCCAGCCUCCUGAGAAGUCAAACCUAAGUUGGGUUGGAGUUGUGGGAAAUGACAGACUGUAAAACCUGCAGACUAAGCCUAGUUAUAUCUCACCCACUUUUCGUCCCGACUAAAGAACACUCUUUGACUGCCACAGACUGCAUUAACUGUGGGCAAAUUGAAUCCUCUCAUAAAUGGAAUGAAAUUAAUGUCAAAGAGUAGCCUUAGAUUGUAAAUGAAACCAUUCACAUUUGCAAUCAAACAGUAUGUAAACUCCCAGCAAAGACUUUAUUAAUGGAAAGUAAAUGUACAGAACAUUUUGAUACGCAGUAGGAUUGUUUUCUUCUCUGAGGUUUUAUUUGUUCAGUUUUUUGUUUUACAUCUUUGUUCUUGUCUGAAGACUUCUAUUCUUCCCAUGCACUGUUAAAAACUGCAUUUUUUUACUGCAAUUUUAAAAGGGAGUGAAAAGAUGUCUAUAUCCACAUUAAAAGUAGAUGUGUGCUCCACAAAUGAAGAAUAAUAUAGUAUUUCUUGUACGAUCAGUUUUACAAAAAAUGUGCUGUCAAAAAAAGAAAAAUGUUUUGUCUUUAUGUUAAUUGUUUGUGGCAUGAUACUAGAAAAAGGCAUCUAUUAGGUGUGGUGCAAAUCCAGAAAAUGUAUGUCCAUUUUUCAUAAUUUAGCAUUGUGAAAAGUUUUAAUUAUAGACAUAGAAAGGAACAAAUUCAUGAGUGCACAAUGCUCCCUGAGUACGAAAGAAAUUUUGGGAUGAAUUAAAUAUAAAAUCAUGAAUAUUUCCACCUCCUCGAGCCUCCUCCGCAAGGUGUCGGGGCUCUCUCUUAGAGGUGGGGUGAGAAGGUCAGUCAUGCGGGAGGGGCUCAGUGUCAGUCCGCUGCUCCUCCGCCUUGAGAGGAGCCAGAUGAGAUGGCUGAUCUGGAUGCCUCCCUUGUGAGUUGUUCUGGGCAUGUCCCACUGGGAAGAGACAGGACACGCUGGAGAGACUACAUCUCUCAGGUGGCCUGGGAACGGCUCAGGAUCCUUCCAGAAGAGCUGGAUGAAGUGGCUGGGGAAAGGGAAGUUGGGAUUGCUUCCACACACUGCUUGGGCUCUCGUACCAAUACUCUUAAGAGGGGUUGUUCUUUCGUCCAUUCUAGAGUUGCCUAUGUUGAUUAGCAUUGAGCAGGUGUAGAUAUGAUUAUUGCUCAGCGGCGGUACAUUGGGCUUCACCGCGUUGCUCAACAGGGUAGCUUUUCUCUACCUUUAGGAUAGGGAUCCUGAUGUUGUUUAUGCCUUUGUACAAAACUGUUCAGAGUACCCACCCUUUUUGGAGUCCUGAGAGGAAGUGCUUGAGAGCGUUCCCAAUGGGGACUCCAUCAUUUUACUGGGGUACUUCAACGCUCACAUGGGCAAUAACAGUUAGACCUGGAAAGGCAUAACUGGGAAGAAUGACCCCCGAUCUGAACUCUAGUUGUGUUCUGUUUCUGUAGUUCUGUGGUUAUCGCAAAAUUUCGGUAACGAACAUCAUGUUUAAGCGUAAGGAUGUCUACACAUGCUCUUGGUACCAAGAUACCCUGGGUGCCAGUUCGAUGAAAGCCUUUUGUUUGUUUCAUCAGAUUUGCGAGUUUGUUUCUCACUGGGGUCUCCACUCCCCAAAAGGGGUUGCGUCAGGAAGGGCAUCCGGUGUAAAAACUGUGCCAAACAAAUAUGAGCGUUCAUCUGAGAUGACACGCUGUGGCAACCCCUAACGGGAAAAGCCCAAAGAAAUAAAGAACACUUGGUUGAAGAGAGGGGCGGAGCUGUAAACUGAUCACCAUGCCCGCAGAUAUAAAGUUACCGGUGUUGUCCACCAGUCAUGCCCGCACAUAUAAAGUUAUGGACGGGUGUGGUCCACCAGUCAUGCCCGCACAGGGUUCGCCCGCAGCCCUAGAAGUCCCUAAAAACCCCUAAAUUUUCGAAGGUGCAUUUAGGGGGUCCUAAAAGUCCUUAAAAUCCGCGAAAACCGGUCAAGCCCCUAAAAAGGCCUUAAAUUAUAAAAAAUCAAAGGGAGGACCUCUACCGGCAAAAUUCUCCGGAAAAAAAUUAUCUUUUAUUUUAAAAAAAUAGCGAUCCGUCUGGCAUCUAAAACAGCCGGAAAUUGUCAACGGAAGUCACCGUGUUGACAGCUAGUCGCCCUCUUGUCGUCGAUAUUCCAUUGUUCGUUUCCGUGAGUCGGCAUUUCACUUCGUCUUCAUUACGUCUUUCAUCGAUCCAACUUGUAUCACGGGGAAGUGCAUUUUUCAAGAUGCUUGGGUUGAAAGUAAGGAGUUUGGAAUCUGGGUUCGUCGACAUCCAAAACAUCGGCACAUGUUUUACUGCCAUCUGUGCAAGCAGAGUUACCAGCUUGGAAAGAUGGGCGUCAAAGCGCUGGAGUCGCACCGGAAAAAAAGGAGACAUGCUGAUUUGGCGAAGACUCUCUCAUCUUCCGUUGGUAUGAAUAUGUUUGUAAAAUAUAAAAAUAGUGAAGCAUCAACUUCAGGCAGUGGUACUAGCAGUGCAUGCGCACCUACAGUUGUUCAGCCAUCGACUUCAACCAGCCAGAAGUCAGGCUUCAUGAAUGUAGUUCAAUACACGAAGGCGGACUCGUUAAAGGCAGAGAUCGUGUGGACUUUAAAAAUGAUCUGCAGCCAUUACAGUUACAAAUCUUGCGAAAGUAAUUUGAAAGGGUUUGCAGUCAUGUUCCCAGACAGUGACAUUGCUAAAAACUACCACUGUGGGGAAAGGAAGACUUCAUACCUGGCUACAUUUGGCAUCGCUGCCCACUUUUCAUCGCUACUGCCUCAAAGCCAAAAAAGCCAGAAUAGAGACUGACACAUCUACGCUUAUUGAGAUGGCUGACAGGCUGUGUGAGGAGGCAGAAGAAAAGAGGAAUCUGAGGUUUAUCACCGAGGCCAAUGCACUCAGAGGCAGAGUAUGUCCUCCUCUUUGAUGAGUCUCUAAAUCAUGAGAUGUAAGAGAAGCAGCUGGACAUUCAUAUGCGAUUGUGGAUUGAUGACCGGGUCCGCACUUGCUACCUCACCUCUGAAUUCCUGGGACAUUCAGCAGCAACUGAUCUUCAGGAGCGUCUGGACCCUAUUGUGUGUGACUUCGGUCACCAAAAGCUGCUCCAGCUCUCGAUGGAUGCCCCCUAUAUUAAUUGGAAGCUGUACAAAUCAAUUGAAGAACAAAUAGAAAAGAUGACCACCCGCCGUAUGCUGCAGACUGGAAGCUGCGGUCUACACAUCCUCCAUAACGCAUUUCGAAUUGGUUGCCAGGCAGCUGGAUGAGGGGGUGGAAGAUUUUCUGUCCAGCAUCUACAACUUGUUUCGCGAUGCACCUGCCAGGCGCGAGGACUUUCAACAAGUCACUGGAUCCGACACUCUCCCUCUUAUGUUCUGCAAGCACAGAUGGCUUGAAAACAAUGUGGCAGAGAGAGCCAUCACCCUGAUGCCACACGUGCAAGAUUAUUGCGAGGCAGCAAGGACGAAGAAGGUGGCCUGCCCAACAAUAGCUCCUUCACUGUUGUUCAGAAAGCAGCACAGGACCCCAUCUUUGUUGCCAAGCUUCACUUCUUUCUCAUGUGCGCCAGGCUGGUGGAACCAUUCCUGAAAUUGUACCAGACUGACAAGCCUAUGCUUCCCUUCAUCGCAAAGGACAUGGGCACCCUCAUCUAGACUCUGAUGGAAAAGUUCAUCAAGCCUGAAGUCCUUAACGAAAAGGCAGCCUCCCUCACCAGCCUUGUCAAGAUUAAUGUGGGUGACAAGUCACACUGGGUCGAAAGUAGCCAUAGGCUUUGCUGCUGAGAGACUGCUUCUGAAAUCUGGCAUUGCAACCGACCGUGUAAAGCAGGAAUUCAGAAUGAGUUGCCAAACUUUCCUGGUAAACAUGAAAAAGUUGCUGGAGAAGGCCCCCAUCAUAUACAGUUUAGUCCGCCUACUAAGCUGGAUAGACCCUUGGCAUAUUGCCAUGAAAGAUGAAAAGGAGAACAACAACAAAAAUCUCCAAAAAACCUCAAACAUCAUGGUGGAUCACAGAAGGGUGGAGGAAAGCAAUUGUGACAGGAUUCUGUUCCAGUAUUCCAGACUGAGUGAAAAGAUCCAAGAAGAUGAGGAGAUUAGGGUUGCUUUCUCUGACUUCAACAUCUCUAAGGACAGGCUGGACACGCUCUUCCACUCCAUUCUGCAUCAGCAGGAAAGCCAGCAGUUCCAGGAGCUAUGAGGCGUCAUAAAGCAGCUGCUGCUCCUGUCCCAUGCACAGGCAUCUGUGGAAAGAGGCUUCUCCACAAACAAGGAGGUCACCGAGGACAACCUAAGUAAGGAGUCACUGAUUGCUCGGAGGCAAAUAGUGGAGGUGGUCCAGCAAUAUGGAGGGCCUGACAUGGUGCCUAUCACAAGGGAGCUGUUGGUCGCUGCGUCUUCUGCCAGAAGUAUUUACGUCCAGCAUCUAGAGGAGGAAAAGAAGAAGAAGGAUGCAUCAAAACAGGCAGAGAAGAGGAAGGCAGCUAAGGCAGAGAUAGACAGCCUCAAAGCCAAAAAAGCCAGACUUGAGACUGACAUAGCUAUGCUUAUUGAGAAGGCUGACAGGCUGUAUGAGGAGGCAGAAGAAAAGAGGAAGCUGAGGUUUAUCACCAAGGCCAAUGCACUCGGAGGCAGAGCAAAGGACAAGAGAGCCACUUUGGCACCUCUGCAGCAAUAAAUAAAGGAGGCACUGGCUAGACUCAAGGAGCUAGAGUAGGGGUGCUGAGACAGACAUCAGUAGAAGACAUUUGUGUAUAUAGUUGCAAUUGUAGUUAGAAUCAGGUGAUCACUGUCACAGGUACUGAAGUACUGGAACCUUUGAUGAACCAAGAACAGCCGAUGGCACCAUUGAGUGUCUUUUUUCCUUACUCUUGAUUUCCUACGAUGGCCCUAAAUUUUUCGUGUCGGCCCUAAAUUUUUUCCGUGUCAGCCCUAAAUUUUUCGUGUCAGCCCCUAAGAAUGCCCCUAAAAAGCCCUUAAAUUUUUUGGGUCCUGCCGCAGAUAUAAAGUUGCGGGUGUGUGUUCUGUUUGUAAUUAUGAGUGUACCCCUUUUAGAGCGGAGGUGGGGAUGUUGUUAGGUAAACUAGGAAGUAGGCUGAGCAGCAGCUCCCAUGUGCUUCCAUGUUUAAAAAAAAAAACAAAAAAAAAAAGACAGGUUGUGGUUCACUGCAUGAGAUCGGUUUUCAUGUGCGCUGAGUGUGCGGCAACUGCGCAAUUGCACAGUGGCGCAAGAUUACACAAAAUAAGUGAUGUCUGUCAAUAUCCAUGUAUUUCGACUUGUAACAAAUUUUACGCGUGUGAUUUUUCGUGCUUGCCUGUGCAGAUUUGCGAGUGUGAUGGAGCGUGGGCGCAUACACGCCUGUCAAACCACAGUUACUGUGGCAGCAAUCACCGAACACGGAGGGAUGCUGUCUAACUGUAGAAGGAGUCCUAUUGGGCAUUUUUGGCCUAUGGGACUCCUGAUUUAGCUGAUGGGUACUGGCUGGCCAAACGGAAUGCAUCUUUGGUAGUCGGUGAAGCAAAAACUCGGGUGUGGGAGGAGUUUGGUGACUCCAUGGAGAAAGACUUCCAAAGAGCUUCAAAGAAAUUCUGGUCCACGUUCCAGCGCCUCAAGAGAGAGAAGCAGUGCACCAUCCACACUGUGUGUAGUGUGGAUGGGGAGCUGCUCACUCACACCAUUGUGAGUCUUUGGGGUGAACACUUUUAAGACCUCCUUGAUUAACACCAGUACGCCUUCCCAUGAGGAAGCAGAAUCUGAGUUCUCUGAUGCGGGCUCUCCAAACUCUGGGUUUUAGGUCACUGUGGUGGUUAAAAAGCUCCUCUGUGGCAAGGCCCCGGUAGUGGAUGAGAUAUACCCGGAGUUCCUAAUGGCUUUGAAUGUUGUGGGGCUGUCCUGGUUGACACGCAGCUACAACAUCACUUGGAGAUCGGGGGCAUUCCAACUGUCCUAGCUGUGGAACAAUGGACCAGCUCUACAUCCUUGGCAGGAUCCUCGAGAGUGCAUGGGAAUUCGCUCAGCCACAGAAUUUUGUGGAUUUUGAGAAGGUAUUCAAGCCGUGUCCCUCGCGAAGUCCUAUGGUGGGGUCCUUCGGCAGUAUGGAGAAUCAAACCCCCUGAUAUUGGCUGUUCGGUCCCGAUACGACCGGUGUCAGAGUUUGGUCUGCAUUGCAUGGUAGUAAGUCACACUUAUUUUCAGUGUGAGUUGGACUCCGCCAAGUGUGCCCAUAGUCACUGAUUCUGUUCAUAACUUUUAUGGAAAGAAUUUAUCAUUGCAGCCAACUGGUUAUGUUCCUACCCUCCACUAUGGUCACGAGCUGUGGGUCAAUAUCGAAAGAACAAGACAAACGGCCAAAAUGAGUUUCCACCACAGGGUGUCCAGCCUCUGCCCUAGAGAGAGGGUGAGAAGCUCAGUCUUCCAGAAAUCCCUCUUCCUCCACAUUCAGAGGAGCUGGAUGAGGUGGCUGGGGCAUCUGAUUUGGAUGCCUCCUUGACACCUUCUUGGUGAAGCGUUUCAGACAUGUCUCACCAGAAUGAGAUCCUGGGACAGACUGCAUUGACGAUGUCUCUCUGCUGGCUUGGAUACACCUUGUGAGCGGUUAGGGUUAGCACAAGCCUGGAAUUUACAACAAGAUUACCUGUAAAGAUGCCUCCCUUUUUAAUUGAGGAUCACAAUAAAUACUACAGAGGGUGUUAAUUCUAGAAACGAAGAUCCACUGUCCUGAAUGUAUGUGGAUGUCGAAAAUGAAACCACACACUCAAAAUGGUUGGCAGAGGUGUGCUAACAGCCACUUAGCUCAACAACGAGGACAGAUGUGGACUGUGGAAUCAAUAACAGAUUAUCCAACAAUUUUCCCCGGAAUUCAUUGGGAGGAAAUCCCAAUGAUAUUGGAUAUCUAGAAGGGAGCACAACAGCAGGAAUACGGCUGGCCUGCGUUGCUGGCCACCUUAACUCCGAGUGAGUGGCCAUGGUGAAGAGCAUCGAAAAAGGUGAGUCACUGCAAAACUUUGACAUUAGACUUACAAAUAGAUUUGAGCCACUUUUACAAGACCCAUGCCAAGAAUCUUCAUCCCCCACCAUCACUGAAAGGUAUGAAAUUGAAUCAUUAUGGGAAAAAUUGGGACCCCAAACAAUAACAAUUGGUGAUGCAGCUGUCAAGGAUAUGAAACAUUUUUGCGGCGAGAAAAAUACCAAAGUACAGGAAUUCCUCACUUUUCGUGGUUAUUUAGUGCCAGAACCACCCGUGAAAAGUGAAAAACCGUGAAGUAUGUUUUUUGUAGGUACCAGAAUGUUUACAAUAUCCAAACAGUAUUUGUACUUUACAGUGCCUUGUGAAAGUAUUUGGCCCCCUUGAACUUUUCAACCUUUCGCCACAUUUGAGGCUAGAUAUAAAAUAAAAAUUUUUUGUCAAGAAUCAACAAAUGGGAAACAAUCGUGAAGUGGAAUGAAAUUUAUUGGAUAUUUUAUACUUUUUUGACGAAUAAAAAUAGUGCGGUGUGUAAUAUUAUUGAGCCACUUUACGUUCAGUGAUGCAAACUCACUCCAGGCGUUCAGUGAGGAUCUCUGAAUGAUCCAAUGUUGACAUAUGAUGAUAAAUAAAAUCCACCUGUGUGUAAUCAAGUCUCCGUACAAAUGCAGCUGCUCUGUGAUAGUCUCAGGGUUAUGUUUAAAGCGGAGAGAGCAUAAUGAAGACCAAGGAACACACCAGGCAGAUCCGAGAUACUGUUGUGGAGAAGUUUAAAGCCAGAUUUGGAUACAAAAAGAUUUCCCAAGCUAUAAACAUUUCAAGGAGCAUUGUACAAGCAUUCAUAUUGAAAUGGAAGGAGUAUCAGACCACUGCAAAUCUACCAAGACCCGGCCGUCCCGUUAAACAACAAUCAACAAUCAUUCGUACACUGCACAAAUCUGGCCUCUAUGGAAGAGCGGCAAGAAUAAAGCCAUUUCUCAAAUAUAUCCAUAAAAAGUUUCAUUUUAAGUUUGCCACAAGCCACCUGGGGGAGACACCAAAUAUGUAAGGAUGUACUCUGGUCAGAUGAAACCAAAAUCUAACUCUUUGGCCACAAUGCAAAACGAUAUGUUUGGCGUAAAAGCAACACAGCUCAUCACCCUGAACACACCAUCCCCACUGUCAAACAUAGUGGUGGCAGCCUCACGGUUUGGGCCUGCUUUUCUUCAACAGGGAAGAUGGUUAAAAGAUGGUUAAAAUUGAUGGGAUGAUGAAUGGAGCCAAAUACAGGACCAUUCUGGAAGAAAACGUGUUGGAGUCUGCGAAAGACCUGAGACUGGGACAGAUUUAUUUUCCAAUAGGAAAAUGAUCCAAAACAUAAAGCCAAAUCUACAAUGGAAUGGUUCACAAACGUGUCCAGGUGUUAGAAUGGCCAAGUCAAAGUCCAGACAUGAAUCCAUUUGAGAAUAAUUGGGCAGAGCUGAAGACUGCUGUUCACAAAUGAUCUCCAAUUUCACUGAGCUCGAGCUGUUUUGCAGAGAGAAUGGGCAAGAAUUUUAGUCUCUCGAUGUGCAAAACUGAUAGACAUUCCCCAAGCGACUUGCAGCUGUAAUUGCAGCAAAAGGUGGCGCUAUAAAGUAUUAAUGCAAGGGGGCCGAAUAAUAUUGCACGCCCCACUUUUCAGGUUUUUGUUUGUUAAAAAAGUUUAAAAUAUCCAAUAAAUUUCGCUCCACUUAACGAUUGUGUGAAACGUGGCGAAAGGUUGAAAAGUUCAAGUGGGAAGAACACUUUCACAAGAUCCUGUACAUAUUUGUGACAAAAAGAGGUAUUUAGUUAAAUCUUUACUUACCAAACUUAUAAUAUAUACAGUAUUAUAAAUUUAUAAUAGAAAUAUAAAUUAUAAAUCACUUACUGUAUUGUAUUAUUGUAUAGUUACCAUUCAUCACGCAAAGACUUCUGGUGAAGCUGCCGUGUGGGUACCAGAAUGUUUAAUCAACAGUCCAGCAUUUAUACUUUUCCACUUGAGACAAAAAUUACACUACGUGACUAAACAAUCACAAUAAAAUAACAUUUUUAUUGCAGUGCAGAAAGUCACAAACAGAAAACGUGUGGUGUCUUCUCGUGUAGCACCGAAUAUGCCCUUUGUGACGUAACUUCUGGUGCGCUGCUGUGACAUCACUUUCGUUCUGCUCGGGCUGCCGUUUGGGUACCAGAAUGUUUAAUCAACAGUACAGCAUUGAUACAUUACAUACUUGAGACAUAAACAAAAACAAACAUUUUUAUUGCACUACAUAAAGUCACAAACAAAGCAAACGCGUAAUGUCGUCUCGUGUAGCACUGAAUAUCCGUGAUGCCAUGUUGUCAUGUACCUUCCAGCAUGCCGUUACAUCACUUCCAUUCUUGAGCUGCCGUGUAGGUAUCAGAAUGUUUAAUCAACAGUACAGCAUUGAUUCAUUGCAUACUUGAGACAUACAUUAGAACAGUACAAGUGUCAAGUUGAAAGUGCCACUGACACCUAAAACAUAAAAUUUUAUGUUUUUAAGCAAAAUAAAAUCAGCCAUUUGUUCACAGCACAUCAGAAUGUUGCCGUAUAUUGAUUUAUUUAUUUUUUUUCCAUAUCCCGCUUUGAAAAGUCUAGGAUUUUGUGUUGAAGAAGAACCAGGAAGUGACGUUUUUUUGCAGUAGCAGGGUUGAGUGUUUAUACUUAUUGUACCACUGAGAAAUUACCAGUUUUUUAUGCAUGUUAGCUAAAAUGCCAACUCGUUGUAUUGAUAGAUUUUGCUUAAACACUCGGGAGGAUGGAUUCACUCUUGACACGUUUCCAAAAGACCCAAUUCGUUCUUAAAAAUGGAUUGCACAGGUGCAAAGGACAAGAGCUUUAUGUGUUCCAAGUGAAGACUAUUUUACUUUUAUUGCACUUUCAUUAUUUGCUUAAAUAUGACUUUAUACAUUCAAUCAACAGGUAAAGUGUUAUUUGCUAAUCAGACAAGGACGUGUUGUGGAGCCGGUGGUUGUCCUUGAUCUUUGUACGCAGAAAACCGGCUGGUGGCAUCCUCCUCUCCCAGACGUUGCCGUGGAGAUGAAUGACACCAGAAAUGGAGCGGAAAGUUACCAUCCCGGCCCAGGACCAGGCUGCGGGGGGCAGGCAUUUUUACCAUGGACCCAUACAUAUAAAAACCUUGUGUUACCAGGCAGCUCUUGUCUUCUUCUUUGGCUAUCCUGCCAGAAGACACACGUCUUGCGUGCGGCAAAUACCUAGAUAAGACCCGGACAUCUGUAUUGCACAUUCCUUUGUAAUAAAUCCAUUUGCUGUUAAAUUUUU